AUGACUUUACGAACGACAAGUCUUCAAGCACAACAGCACAAUGUGCACCCACACCAGGAAGAACGCGGGAGGUCAAAGAGUAAGGAUUUGACAAGAUCAGCUGAAGGUUCUCAAAACAGACUGAAUAAUUUAAAAACCAUUCAAGAAAGUUCAAAUUCUUCUAUAAAUAAUAAGCGAACUUUUCGAUCGAAAUCUACUAAUGAUUCUUUGGCUAUGGCUAACAGAAAACGACAAUUACCACUACAUGCUGGACGAAAUCAUUCCGAACAAUUAUUAUACACAGCAAUAAACCAAAAUCAUCAAUUCAAAUCAAAAUUGACUAAAUCAAUGUCAUCACAAGGUAAUGCCUCACAAUUAUUACCACCCACAGCAAUUCAAAAGAAUAUCCCCAUGGUUCACCAAGAAAUAUCCUACAAUAAAAGACCCGAAUUUAAAAGGUGGAACUCGUAUGAUAUUCCAAGUACUAAUUCAAGAGAUCUGAAACUGGAUGUAUUUAGUCGUCCUGAGAUACUUGGUAAAGAUAGUGUGUCUCCAUUGACCGUGUUACAAGAUAAUUUCAAUACUAAAAGACCCAUAGUUAAUAAUGUGGUCACUAUGCCCACGGACAAUUCCUUCAAGUCAUUAUCAAAAGAAAAUAUCAAUGAACCUGAUGAUUCAAUCACAACUGAAAUGAUAAAGAAGCCAAAUUUAUAUGAAAAGAUGAAAAAUUUUGCAAACGCAAGCAUGGGCUCUUUAGUUAGUUUUCAAGAUAAAGUAACCAACAGGUCAAGUGAUAUAUCGCGGAUACAAAGUGAACUGGAUGAUGACGAUUCGAACACAGACGAUGAUGAAAUAUGGGGGAAUACAAAUAAAGAGAAUGUACCAGAGUCGGACACUCAAUAUCCAAUAGAUCAAGUCGAAUCAAAUUUAUCAACUCAGGAACAGGAAGAGCCUAUUAAUUUUGAGGAUCUUGUUAAGAAAAUUGAUGACUUCCAAGGAAAUUUUGUCAACAAGCAAUCUAGUAGAAGUGGCACGUUGAGAAGUCAACAAAGACAAUUAGACUAUAAAGAGUUGUAUGAUUAUGAUUCAAAUGAUAAUAGUCGAACUACAUUUUCAUAUGAAUGGAAAAUUCAAAAUGAGACUAUAUCAUCACAAUAUAACACAAUACGAUUGAGAUUUUCAUCUCGUCAUAUGGGAGUUUUAGGGUUUAUUGAAAGGUACCAAGAGCACAACAAGUCAAGCACACCAAGUACAUAUUCAUGCUUUGACGAUAUCAACUCCAAAUUGAACGAUGCCUGGGAACAUGAAUACAACUUGCUUUUUGAAAGCUCAGUCCUAACUACACCUGUAAUCGCUAAUACUGAAUCCAGAGAAGAUCAAAAUAUCUACAAACCAGGAACCACAAAUAUGGCCUCACUCGCAAAAAGUGUUAAACUAGGAGGCGUGUAG